AUGGCUGCGACAAUUAGCAACGCCGAAGCAUUUUUAGAAGUUCAAAAAAUUCAAAAACACGGCACUGGCCUAGAAAUUUUCUCCCUUAACGAUACAGGUUUGUAUAUUGAUGAGGAAAAGUUGGGAAAAUACCGCCAAGCCAAGCAAUUAUACGAUAAAAUUAUUCAACUAGAUGGCACACCUAAAAAUGAUAUUAAUAAGUUAGACCCCAAACUGGUUAAAGAAUUAAUCAAUAAAAGUCAAAAAUGGGAGGAAAUUAAGAAUAUAACUAAUAUUCCGAAAGACAACCGCGGCAAAGAUAAUAUUGAAAUAGCCAAAUUAGAAAAAGUAAUUGAAAAUAGUCAAGAAUUAACGAGAAUUAACCAAGAUAUAAUUGCGGAAAUUAAAAAGAAUACUGGUUUGCCUAAUUUAAUUCAACUUGAUGCGGUUGAUAAUCAGGAAAAACUGAAUCCAACGGAACUGGCGGACAUUAAGAAGAAAGUCGACCAUUAUAAGGAUUUGGUGGCUGAUGCCGCGAACGCUGCCGAUAUUGUUACUGGCGACAAACUGGAUAAUGCUAAGAUAAACGAUUUGCGAACUCGUAGCAGUGAACUAACUACGGCAAAAGCAACUAUUGCUAAUUACGAAAGAGCGGUGAAGGCACAAUUAACUUGGACUGGUCAUUCGGCUCCGGCUCAGGUAUCACCCGACACUGUGAAAGAUGAAUUAAUUGCCAAAUUAAAAUAUGAUUCUCUUAAUGACCAAGUAAAUACUGUGCGGCAAGAAUUAACUCUUAAUCACCCAAGCGGCUCGACUAACCUGACUAAUCCGCUGAUUAAGGAUAAUUUAGCACCGUUCAAAAAGGCUAAAACGCUCUCCGAGGCUCCCGCCACUGCUACUGACUGGGAUAACCUGCUGCGUUUAGAUGACCUGAAAACCCAAGCCACUGAUUAUCAAACCCUGGUUGAUACUAAUAAUGGUGCUAAUAAUCAUCCUAAUUUAAUUAGCAAUGGCAAAAUAAGUCAAACCAAAAUUGAUGCUCUCAACCAAACCGCUGCCGGUCACGGAACAGCUGUAAAUACUGCCCUCCAAGACCAAAUCGAUGAAUACCAAAACAAAUUAAAAACUUUAUUACAAGACUUUGCUGCUGCCGUCGAAUCUGAUGAUGACUGA